UCUGGAUCCCACCUCAUUGGCCCUAAAUCCAUAUCAGGGUUUGAUACACAGAAGAGGAAGGAACCUAACAAUACUGGCUGAAGAUAUUAGACACGUCAGCUUCAUGGAAAGCCAUUACAUAGGACUCUAUUGGCCCGUUGGAUGUGGAGUUUUUGCAAUGCUCUAUGAAUUAAUUCAAGUUCUAAGACACAAUGUUGAUUCACACCAUCUCUCACAGCUCUUAGGAUAUGAAAUUGCAGGCUGGAGAAUAAUUAAAAGAGAAGGAUUUGAAAGAAAACGUUCAGGAAGACAACGCAGACAGUUAAUGGUUACACCAACACCUACACUGAAAAUGACUGAAAUCAUGGCGAAACCAACUGGAGAAGAGGUCUUCACUACUUUGCCACCAAAUUCACUUGUUUACUUACACACAGACACUGUGGUAUCACCUAUUCAGACUUGGUUUUCCUUCCACAAAGCAAGCACAGCUGUCACCAGUUACAUUGAUCUCAUUCCACUUUUUGUAACAAGCCAAGUGAGUUUAGAAGCCUUAGAAAUGGGCCCAUCACAGAACUUUCUGAGUAAAAGACCAAUGUCUAGGACUAUUUUUCAAGACCUUUCUGCUUUUACUUUUCCUGAACUUUCACCUUCUUUGAUAAUUACAGCAACCUCUCUUUCAACAGAAUUUAAGGGGCUGCAGAAUACAGUUUCCAGUAUGCCACUCUUCUUAGAGCAACCACAAUCUCACGUGCAAGAGUUGGAUGCAUUCUUGCAGUCUGGCAAAUCAGAGCCAUCAAGGCAUCAUUUUCUAUCAGUCCUUUCUUUUGACAUCACUGAGCCAACUGGUAAAGGCCAAUUUUCAAGACCCAUUUACACUUUAAUGACAGAAACACAUUAUGAAUGGCCUCUAAUCUCUCCAGAAGUAUCUUUUGUUAAGACAGCACCUCAAACACAUUUUCCAGAAGAAAUAUUAAUGACAUCGGUUUAUAGCCGUCAGGAGGAUGGCAUCUUUGGUUAUCCCCAUUUUCCUGAAUUUGGAAUACCAUCUAGUGCAAUCAUCUCUCCAGAAAAGCUGUCUUCAACAUCCAUAUUGACUUCAGUGCAACUGACUACGUUAUUUGGUUUUACACCUCCCAUUGAUGACAUGUUCCUACUUUUGUCAGGUGGUAGCCAUCUGAGUCAAGAGCUAUUUAAUGGCUAUGAAUACAUGUCUAAUUCUUUUAUGACUAUCCCACAGACAGACAGACUUCCAUUUACUGAAGAAGAAACCUCAGUUCCUUCUAUAAUCCAUAUGGACACAUUGAUUUGGGAUAGAGAAUCCAACUUAAGCUAUGUUACCUCAAUAUUGGAUUCUUCUAUUUUAAGUAGCACUUUCCCCAGUGAUGCUGGACCUUCUCAUGAAACAAGUCUGACAGCGCAGUCCUAUCCUGAUAAUGCUCCAUUGCUUACUCUGCCUACAGAUUUUGCUGGCUUUGACAGCUCUGAGCUGUCCAGACCAACAAAGAUAUUUACUUCUUAUGACAGCAGCAAGCUCAGAACACAAAAUCAUUUCCCCAGUGCUUUACCUAGUGGCACAAAGGAUUUAAAUUCAGACAAAUCUCUUGGAACCAGAAUGAUUUUGCCAAACGUCACAGUGUUUACCCUGGAGUUGACUAAAAUGUCAACCAUCCCAUCCUACACUGCAGAAAUAUCUGUGAGAACUAUAUUUAAUGCUACUUCUCAUCUGUACAACAAUGCACAAGAGCUGGUACAGAUGUCAUCUUCAUUGGUCUACCAAGAUACAAGCAGCUUGCCAUUCUCCACAUAUGAAUCACUGCAAUCUACACACGUUGCAUGGGUUCCUCCUCUGUUUUCUGUGUCACAGGUGCUUCAGGACAUAACUCCAGGUCAAACAAACACUUUCCCUAAAGUUGUUAACUCCAUUAAAUUCAUAACAGCAACAAUUGGAUGCAAGUUCCAUUUUUCAGUACCCGCUGACACAUUUUAUGAUCAGGAAGAUGGCAACUCAACUCAGUUGACCCUUGGAAUAAACCCAGUCGACGGCUCACCAUCAGGGCCAGAAAGCUGGCUUCAGUUUAAUGCGUCUCUCCAAGCCAUGUAUGGCUAUCCACUCAGUAUUGAUUUUCAAUAUUCACCUCAGGAGUUUGUACUAUCUGCCACAGAUUCAGGGGGUCUGACUGUUUGGGAACCUCUCAUCAUUGAGCUUUUGAGGCCCACCAGCAUUCCAUGCCAUAUUUAUACCAUCAGAAUGAAAAAUAGUUACCACUCAUUCUUGAGAGAGAGAGAAAGGGUUGGUUUAUUCCUUGACAAGCUUUUUAAAUAUUUAAACUCCAGAAGUCUUAAGAGCAUCACACUGACUGCCCUCAGACCUGGGUCCACUGUAAUCUCAUGGUACAAUAGGUCUCUGUGUACAAGCACCAACAGAUCACUGAGCCUGUGCUCAAAAGAUGAAAUCCAGGAAGUGCUGAAUAAACUAAGAGUACCUGAUGGGAAUGUCAACCCAUACUUUGCUGAGGCAAUGUUGCCAGAAUACAAAAUUGACAUAGUUGAGAAUGUUUCAUAUGGAGGAAUCUGCUUGCCCACUACAAAGCCAUUUAAUGGAUCCUUGACUUUAAACAGUACCUUCCCUACAUAUAAUGAAGAGAGCAAUUCCUGGAUUAGAAAUGUCUUGCUAAUUAGCUUAUGUGCAGCCAUCAUGGUGGCUCUGAUAAUUGUUGCCCACCGUUGUAAAUAUCACAGGAAUAUUCUUGAAUCACGGUCUAUGACUUUUCAGGGAAGACCCUUAUUUGACUACGUUGACUUGGAAAUGGACAUGCUGAAACCCCGCAAAGCGCCUGUACUUCAACGGGAGGUUUCACCCUCGCCACAUUUAUGGAUACCCGUGCCACCUUCUUCCCAACAGCAACCUUGCAGGCCCAAUGUAACUUUUGUUGCCUCAAGACUGCCUCAGUCUCUACCGCCUUUCCAGCCUCCAAAAUAUCAACUCCCACCUCAUUACAAAGUAGAUAUUACUAGCCGCAGUGAUCAAGGCAAUAUUCACAGAAGAGAUUACCCUAAAUCUGGAUUAUACUAAGAAUCUGUCUCAAAAGAGGAACAUUUGUCUAUUACUCAGGAAGAAAAUGCACAAAUGAUAAGCGUCUUAACUUGGUAUUCUGUUUUAAAUUUGAAAAAGAUGUUAAACCCUAAAAGUUAACGUGAUAUCACAAUAUAGAAUUCUGGAACUAACAAUUAAUGCAAGAUGCCAAAAGAAACAGGUUUAGUUACAAAACCAAAAGGUUAGUGGUUUGUUUUGUAGCAACAGAUUGAUAUGGAAGGAUUGCCAAGAAGCGAGUACUGACACAGCUCAGACAGUGCCUAUAUAUAGGGCCCUACCAAAUUCAUGGCCAUGAAAAAUGUGUCACGGACCAUGAAAUCUGGUUUCCCCCUGUGAAAUCUGGUCUUCUGUGUGCUUUUACCCUAUACUAUUCAGAUUUCAUGGAGGAGUCCAGUGUUUCUCAAAUUGGGGGUCCUGAUCCAAAAGGGAGUUGCAGGGGGGUGUCACAAGGUUAUUUUAGGGUGGCGUUGUGACACUGCCACUCUCACUUCUGUGCUGCCUUCAGAGCUGGGCAGUCGGAGAAUGGUGGCUCUUGGCCGGGCACCCAGCUGUGAAGGCAGCGUCCCCCCAGCAGCAGCACAGAAGUAAGGGUGACAAUACCAUCCCAGGCCAUCCUUACUUCUGCGCUGCUUCCUUCAGAGCUGGGUGGCCGGAGAGUGGCAGAGGCUGACUGAGGGCCCAGCUCUGCAGGCAGCAGCGCAGAAGUAUGGUAUUACCACCCUUACUUCUGUCCUUGUGGUGGCACUGCCUUCAGAGGUGGGCUCCCAACCAACAGCCACCGCUCUCUAGAUGCCUAGCGCUGAAGGCAGCGCUGCUGCCAGCAGCGCCGCAGAAGGGUGGCAGUACCACAACACCCCCCGCCCCCCCCCCCCACACAAUAGA